CCAAACCUCAAAACAAAAUUAUUUAUUCUAAAAUAUAUAUAUAUAUAUAUAUUCUUGCAGAUAACGAAAAUCAUGAGAGUCGGCAUGGAAUACUGGAAGCUAUUUGUUCUAUUUUCGUCAUAUCUUUUUGUUGCAACAACGAAAAUUUAUGAAGACGAAACAGCCACUUUAAAUCAUUUUAUUGAUUUGAUCAAAAAUGGUGUUAGAAAAGCCACUAAUUACGAGUUACCUACAGAUGCGCGCAUGCACGAACCUACAGAUAACGAUAUAAACGAUUAUGGUACUUACGAUUUUAUAAUCAUUGGUGCAGGAGCAAGUGGCACAGUACUAGCAAAUAGGUUAUCGGAAAUAACAUCAUGGAAAAUUCUUUUAAUAGAAGCCGGAGACUUUUCUGAUGGAGGUUUGAUAAACAUUCCUGCUUAUUUUGACUACCAUAUCAAAUCUAAAUACAACUGGGGCUACAAGUCGGUUCCUCAAAAAAACUCGUGUCUUGGUAAUCGAAACAAAUCCUGUUUGAUAAGUUCUGGAAAAGGAGUAGGAGGUGGAACUUUGAUUAAUGGAUUCAUCUAUUGUCGUGGUCCACGUGAGCAAUACAAUGAAUUGGCUAAAGUGAUCAAUGAUCCUUCUUGGAACUAUGAUAAUUUAUUACAGUAUUUUAAAAAAACUGAAUAUUUUGAAUGGACCAAUCGUGACAUACCGAUAAAUAUAUCAUAUCACGGGCAAGUUGGUUUAUUAACAGUUCAAGAUGGUAUAUUCGAUAAAAAAUACGCAACGCUAUUUUUCGAAGCAAACAAGGAACUAGGUUAUUCUCCAAUCGAUUACAAUGGUCCUGAUAUGAUUGGCUCUACUAUCAUUCAAAAAUUCACAAAGUUUGGUAAGAGGCAAGAUUUUGGAAACGUGUUUAUAAGUCCUUUUCUUGGAAGGUCUAGCUUAGAAGUUACUACAAGAAGUUAUGUCAUAAAAAUUGAGAUUAAUAACGUAACCAAGAUAGCAGAAAGUGUUUUGUUUAGUAAAAAUGGAAGAAUUUACCAAGCGAAAGCUUCAAAGGAGAUUCUAUUAUCAGGCGGAACUAUAGCCAGUCCAAAAAUUCUCAUGCUUUCUGGGAUAGGACCAAAAAAUCAUUUAGAAGCUUUGGGCAUUGAUGUAAUUCAAAAUUUAGAAGUAGGAAGUCGGUAUAAGGAUCACGUUAUUGUACCAAUACCAUUGUCUACUGACCUUAAAUUACAAGAAAAACCUUUUCCUGUUAAAUUAGCACAAUUCUUACGGGGUUACGGUGAUCUAACAUCUCCGACUUGUUCUCAUAAUUUAGGCUUUUUUCAGAUAGAUAAAAAUAUCAGUAAGAUACCAGAUUUUGAAAUAUUUUCGUAUGUUGGUCAAAACUUAACAGCGACGAUGCAACCGGAAGUUCAACCUGUCAAAAACACGAAUAUUUUCUUUUCAGUAUCAUAUUUUGGCUCGAAAUCAACAGGUUCGCUCCGAUUAAAAAGCAAUAAUCCUUAUGAUUAUCCAUUAAUAGACCCUAAUUUACUUUCCGACGCUAAUAACGAGGAUAUAGAUGGAUUGUACCGCAGUUUAAAAUAUGUCUUCAAGCUCGUGGAUACUAAGCCGUACAAAAAAUAUAAUUUAAAGUUUUUAGAUGACCGUCCUCCGGAAUGUGCAGUUUAUCAAUACAAUUCCAAAGAUUACUGGCAAUGCUAUUUAAAACAAGGUAGUAUAAAUGGACUGCAUAUGACAGGUACAUGUGUUAUGGGUACUGAUCCAUCGGAAGGGGCAGUAAUAGAUUCAAAUUUGAAAGUGUUUGGAAUAAAAAAUUUAAGGGUCGUCGAUUCCAGUAUUUUUCCUGAACCUAUAGUGGGACAUUCGACUAUUCCAUGUGCAACGGUAGCUGAAAAAAUUAGUGACGUGAUUAAAAUUGAUUAUGGACAAACUGUAGAUAAGCUGUAUUUCUAGACUAAAUAGUAUAAAAAAAUUCAAUAAAACAUUUUACAAUA